UUGACAGCUCCUUUAUUUAUUUACUGCACGCGUGUGCCAGUUUGGUGUUCCGUGAAAAGGCACCGUUUUUCGUGAAAUUCCUGCAGAAAUCGGCUCAAAAUGAGAAUAGAAACGUGUUACUUCUGCUCUAGCAAAAUCUUCCCCGGCCACGGCAUGGUUUUCGUCCGGAAUGACUGCAAGGUCUUCAGAUUCUGUCGUUCCAAAUGCCGUCGGGCGUUCAACAAGAAGAAGAACCCAAGGAAGAUCCGCUGGACCAAGGUCUACCGGAAAACCAAUGGCAAGGAACUCACCAUCGAUCCGGCAUUCGAGUUCGAGAAGCGCCGCAACGUCCCAGUCAAAUACAACCGGGAACUGUGGAACAAAACCAUCGAUGCUGUCAAGAAGAUUACCGAGAUUAGGGAACGUCGCGAGAGGCACUUUGUCAUGGAACGGCUGCGGAAGGCACGCGACCACGAAAUUCACAACGACAUCGUGGACGUGCAGAAGAACAUUGCGCUGAUCCGGUCGCCGGCCGUUGGGCUGAAGGAACGCCGCGCCAAGGAGAAAGCACAGGAAUCCGCGCUGCUCAUGGAUGUGGAGGACGACGAGGAGGAGAUCGAGUAUGUGGAUGCCCGCCAGUUGGAGAAACAGCUGGAGGAAUCCGCCGGUCUGCUCGAGGAUGCCGAGAUGAUGAAGGCGUAAGGCAGACGUGGGUGGGGUUUUAGUUUGGUAAGGUAGGGCGUGUAAGUUUAGGUUUUCCUUUUUUCAGUUUCUCUAUUUAAAACUGUUCGAAUGAAGAAUGAUACAGGA